AUGGGACAUUACAGGACUGCCCGAAGACCAAGAACUCGCUGUUCUAUAUCCACAUCACUUGCCACAUCACGCAAACUAUUCCUCGACUUCGUUAUCGACUCUUCUCGUCUCACCAACUCUCGCUAUCUGACAACAUCCAAGCUUGAGCAAGCAAUCGACCAAGAUCGAGACCGAUACCUCGCAUGGCGAGAGCAUGCGCCUUCUCGUUUACACAUCAAUGGACCAGACGGCCCCUUUGUCGCAAGUCGUAUUCUGACCAGGGGUGGGCUCUUCAGUGCACUUCUCUUCCGAGCCAUCACAUUCGGUGCGCCAGCUCUGUACGACCACCCGGGAUACUUUGCGGAUAUGGCUGCCUGGCUCCAGUUUUACGACCCAUCAAAACCCGCAUCCUACUACUGCAAGACUACGGUUUACGGCAAUGGUGUUCAUCGUGGACCCCAGAAUGCUGCGCAGCUCUGGGAAGCCAGCGCGUCUCUGCUGGAGAUGCUACAGGGCUCAGAGCAACCGUCGUUCAACAACGUGUGGCACCAUCUCGUCUUUGCAAGAGGAGAGGGAGGGUUGAUGAUGUAUCCGACAGUCGGCAAGUUGAUCGGUUAUCUACUCUGUGUAGAUUUGGUUUAUGCGGGUGUGCUGCAUGAACCGUCAUCUCAGGAAUUAGGAGAUAUUGUUGCAGAUGUAGCCAAGGGAGCCCGAGAUGGCAUGGUCCGUCUAAAGUUGAUUCGUGCACGGGCAUCGAAGAAGAAUGUAUCGCUGGCUUUUCAGUCUCUCUGCAUGUAUCUUUCUUCUCAGUAUAAUGUCCCUCAUCUCUCCGGCUGUCUCAACGGAUUCAUUGUAGAGCAUGGAUUGUGUAAAUACAAACGCCUGGCCAAGAGGCACGGUAGACAGUAUCGGCUUCCGUGA